CCUAAUGAUUCUACUUUAGCUUACAAAUUCCAAAGAAAAAUAAGCAUGUGACUCUAGAUUUUACAGUAAAAGGUAUGCAAUUCUCCAGAAAUACUGCAAAACAGUCGGACCUCCAUUCACCAAAGAAGAACAGAAAGGUGGAUUUUAUUAAGUUCAAAAACACCCAGAGAGGUCCUAUACAAUCCUUAAAGAUUCAGAAAAGUUAUAUGAAGGAAGGCCGUGUCCAAUCUUUGACUGAGAGAAAACCUAAUUAUUUAAAGUACAACAAUCAUCUCAAAAAGUCUAUCAAAGAUUUGCUGCACAAUCCUCCUCUGAAAUUCAAUAUCGAGGAGUAUAAAACUAUUAAUCCAGAUCAGAAGAAGCAGAAUAAGCUAAAUUUUUACAAAAGCAGUCCUAAAUCAAAGAACAAUUUGAAAAAUUCCAAGAAAAAAUUGUCUCUUUCAAAGAAUAAGAUUUUCCAGGCUCAUGGUCCUGCUGGAGUAAUCAAAGGUUCUCUGACAGCAAGGAACAACCAUAACGGGAAAAGUUUGAGGGAUUUUGAACAGUCAAUAAAGAGACAUAAUACCAAGAGAGCAAAGAGAAUUCCAAAUAGAGUUUAUGAAAUAAUCAGACUGAAAGUGAAAUCUCAAAGAAGGAGGAUUGAUUCAAAAACAGCCCAUUUCCUCAAGGAUCAUAUGAUGAGGUAUGAACAGAUAUCAUCGACCAUUAAGAAUAUAAAACGCGGCUAAGUCUCUCCUAAAAGAUGGUUAUUUAUAUUUCAAUAUUUUACA